GUGGCCAAAGGAAAGUAAAAACUGGCUUUGAGCAAGAAGAGUUUUGAAAACUUUCCCAAACCCUAAAAAGGGAGUUUGAUUUUUUCGGACUCGCAGGCUCCUCGCAGAUAGACGCACUGGACACAGACGGACAGACGGCCUCCGUUCGCGAGCUGCCUUGAUUUCUCGAAAACUGGGGGUUCUUUUCCGCGAGAGUUUUAAAUUCUUCUCCCACUCCUCACCCCAUUCCCCCGCCCCGUCCUGCCUUUUGGCUUUUUUUUUUCCCCUUCUCUCCUCCCCUUCUCCUUCCUACAAGCCAGCGGACUCCAGGCUGCGACCCUCCCGGCAAAUAGUCCCAGAGCUCUAGAUUUCCGUGAACCAAACCAGACCUAAAUCUAUUUCGAUUUGGUCGGCGCUCCUCUUUGGGUCACUCCAAAGGAUGCUGAUUCUUCGCUGCGGGGGCCUCUGAAAGAGUUCCGCUUGGAUUUGGGCGGCGUGUGCCCGAGGCUCGGUCUCCCCAGACCCGCCAGUGCUCUCCGCAGACCGUCUCCGCGGCUCUCGCACCGACGCUUUGGGCUCCCCAGCCUCCUCUGGGGCUCUCUCGCCCCCUCCCCUGCCCCCCUCCCCCCUGCCCCUGCCCGCAGUCCCUGUGCCGCCGGCGGGGGAGCAGUCUUCCAGGAUGCAGGCUCGCUACCCCGUGUCGGCGGAUCCCAAUGCCCUGGGAGUAGUGCCGUACUUGAGCGAGCAGAAUUACUAUCGGGCUGCGGGUACCUAUGGCAGCAUGGCUAGCCCCAUGAGUGUCUACUCGGGCCACCCGGACCAGUACGGGGCGGGCGUGGGCCGCUCCUACGGGCCUUACCACCACCACCAGCCCACGGCGCCCAAGGACCUGGUGAAACCGCCCUAUAGCUACAUCGCUCUCAUUACCAUGGCCAUCCAGAACGCACCAGAGAAGAAGAUCACCCUGAAUGGCAUUUAUCAGUUCAUUAUGGACCGCUUCCCUUUCUACCGGGAGAACAAACAGGGUUGGCAGAACAGCAUCCGUCACAAUCUCUCGCUCAACGAAUGCUUCGUGAAAGUGCCCCGGGACGACAAGAAGCCGGGCAAGGGCAGCUACUGGACCCUGGACCCGGACUCCUACAACAUGUUUGAGAACGGCAGCUUCCUACGGCGGCGGCGGCGCUUCAAAAAGAAGGACGUGCCCAAGGAGAAGGAGGACCGGGGGCACCUCAAGGAACCGCCUCCCCAAGCGCCCAAAGGCCCCGCUGCCCAUGCCGGAGCCCCUCUUUCCAGCUCCGACACCCCCAAGGAGGUCGAGAAGAAGGUGGUGAUUAAAAGCGAGGCCUCGUCGCCCGACCUGCCCGUCAUCACCAAGGUGGAGACUCUGAGCCCGGAGAGUGGCAGCGCGCUUCGGGACAGCCCCCGCAGCGUGGCCUCCACGCCAUCAGGCUCCACCGAGGGCUCGCUGCCCGACCACCAUCCGUCGGGCAACGGGCUUUCGGGCUUCAGCGUAGAAAACAUCAUGACCCUGAGAACUUCGCCCCCAGGCGGGGACCUGAGCCCGGUGUCCGGCAGGACGGGACUGGUGGUAUCCUCGCUAGCGCUGCCCUACGGUCAGGCGCCUCCGGCAGCCUACAGCCAGUCCUGUCCCCAGGGCGUGGACACAGGCGGGAGCUACCAGUGCAGCAUGCGGGCCAUGAGCCUCUACACCGGAGCGGAGAGGCCGUCGCCCAUGUGCGGUCCGGCAGUCUUGGAGGAGGCCAUGUCUGACCACCCCAACGGCACCACGUCGCCCCUAAGCACACUGGGCCUCGCGGCUAGCCAGGAGGGCGCGCUAGCCGGCUCUGGCCACCACCACCCCCAGCACCACCCUCACCACGGGCACCCGCAGCCGCCACCGCCACCGCCGCCUCCACCACCACCUCAGCAACCCCCGCCCCAGACUGGCGCGGCCGCAAGUCAGGCAGCCUCUUGGUAUCUGAACCACAGCGGGGAACUGAACCACCUUCCCGGUCACACGUUUGCAGCCCAGCAGCAGACUUUCCCCAACGUCCGGGAGAUGUUCAACUCCCAUCGGCUGGGAAUCGAGAGUUCGGCCCUAGGCGAGCACCAGGUGAGCAGCAACACGAGCUGUCAGCUCCCAUAUCGAUCCACGCCCUCUAUAUACCGCCACACCAACCCCUAUUCCUAUGACUGCACUAAAUACUGAGUCCCCGAACCCUCAGCCCGCCUCGAUGGCUCCCCACCCCCCAACAUUCCCAGCAGGUGGCUUUUACAAACUCUUAAGGCUGCAGAGACGAACAAUAUUUGGACAAACUUACCAGCGGACCCGAGAGCAGAGAGCCCUCUGAGACUUGUGCAGGUAACUUUAAAUUGCUGUCCCAGUUUCUGGGAUUCCAGACCAGCCAAUUCAACUUGCCAAAGACAAACAAUUAACCCAAAUGAACCAAUUUUAUAUUUAAAAAAAAUCAGCCCUCCCGCCUUUUAAGCAGAAUGGCUUCAUUAUGCUCAAUUCUGUGGUCUCAGAAAGUAAGUUACGGACCAAUACCUUAGCGAUCGUUAUACGACUUUUCUCUACACCCGUACAUUGCUCUAUGUGCGAGUAUAUAGAGUAUAUGCGUAUGUAUAUGCUGUGUCCUUUUACGUUCUCUUACUGUGCUGUAAAGUGUGUGGAAUUCUAAUCAGGCUAACUCAGAGCCAUUAAUAUAAUAUUUAAAGUUGAGUUCACUGGAUUUUUUAAAUGUCCCCCAACAAUCUCUAACUGCCCAGUCGAAUACAAGUGAUUUGUACUUUUGUUGUUGUUCAAUUAUGCAAUAGACUUUCUUUCCACUUAGGGUUCUUCUCAUAGAACAAGGAAAUAAUUUAUUUUUUGUUGGUGGAGAAAGAAGUCAAGCAUAUGGUCAUUUUUAUUUACAAAGUGCGAUGUUUUAUACAGUAGAUUCGACCCUGAGCAUUCCUGAAAAAAAAACCACCCUAAUUUUAAAAAAUAUAUAUACAUAUAUAUAUUUUUUUGCUUCACCUUUGUUUGUCUGAUGUGGUCUUGACUGUUGUACUUACUUUAAAAUAAAUCCAUGUUGUU